UCUGGUCAGUCAAUCCACGACUGUUUGCGGGGACGUCAUUCCGCGCAAUUGGCCGCAGAGCUUUGCCCACAAAACACACAGUCACUGCGCUUCACGGCGUAUUCUGUGAAGCGCUUCGAGACGUCUCGACGACGUGAUGACUCUCCGGGUCAAGUGCAACGUUUAUUCCUUAUUAUUGUCCCAUCAUUAACAACCACAAUGCUCUUAAUUAUUAGCAACAUUAUUAAUCAUUAGCCAACUCUCGGCGUAAAGAAGUGUCUCCUCGUCUCCCCUCUGGUUCUUUGGCCAAUCUUUGGCCGGGUUGAGCGCCCGGAUUAAAUCUCCCGUCAACCUUCCCUGCUCCGAGGAGGAUAACCCUCGCUCCUCCGGCCUCUCCUGAGAGCAGAAGCCCCUCAUUCCUGGUCCAUCUCCUUCGCACCCUCCCCAAUGCCUUGACAUCCUCCCAAAAAUAUGGUGCCCGGAACCGACCGCAGUCGCUCGCUGCGGCCGUAACCAGCGACUUAUAAGGCUUUAUCUUAACCUCCUAUUCUAUUUAUGAGACGUGGAUCGGAUGCAAAGGGAAAUAGGCAUCGAGCGUCAGGGGGAGGAGACGGCUUUGAUUCCGAAAAAAANUCGCAUUCGGCCCCGUUUUCCAGAGCGUUGGUAUAUCGACAGAAACCGGGCGGAAAGGAUGUGUGGAACGAACCUUAAGCCAAACCCCGGUGUCAGUAUGUCUCCAGAGGAGGGCAGCGAGUGGUUGCGGCACUUCCUGCAGGAGUUGCAGUUGGAACAAUUCCACCUGAAGAUCCGCAAUGAGCUGAAUGUCACACGUUUGUCCCAUUUCGACUACGUCAAGACCAUGGAUCUGGAGCGAAUAGGAAUGGGACGUCCAGGACAGAGGCGUCUGCUUGACGCUGUGAAACGGAAGCGGGCAGCAGCGAAGCCUAAACCCUGGUCCAAGAUGUUCAACGCGAGAGCUGAUCUUUACGAAACUCCGUCCCAUCCCGGCGUUCCUCAAGGCUCCGCUCCGAACAGGGAUUUUUCCUUGAAAUGUCUGAUCAACGAGAAGGAUUUGAUGCUCCACGAGAGGCUGGGAACGGGCUCGUUCGGAGUGGUCAGACGUGGGGAAUGGAGACUGCCCAACGGGCGCACUGUAACCGUGGCUGUGAAGUGCCUGAAAUCUGAUCUCUCCAACGAGACAGAUGUAACGUCUGAUUUCCUACAGGAAGUGAAUGCCAUGUACGCUCUCAAUCACCCCAACCUCAUUCACCUGUUUGGUAUGACACUGGGACAGCCGAUGAAAAUGGUGACUGAGUUAGCAUCGCUGGGAUCUCUGUACGAUUACCUGCGCGUGAGAUACGGCCGCUUUCCCAUCGCCACGCUGUGGCUGUACGCCUCACAGAUCGCGGAGGGAAUGGCCUACCUGGAAUCCUCCCACUUUAUACACCGUGACCUGGCGGCUCGAAACAUCCUCCUGGCAGCCGAAGACACGGCAAAGAUCGCGGACUUCGGGCUGACGAGAUCUUUGACCAACACCGACCACUAUGUGAUGAAAGCGCAUCGCAGGAUCCCCUUCGCGUGGUGUGCCCCGGAAUGCCUAAAAUCCGGGCUGUUUUCCCACGCCUCCGAUGUCUGGAUGUACGGGGUUUUGCUCUGGGAGUUGUUCUCCUAUUGUGAGGAGCCCUGGUUGGGUCUCAAUGGUCGCGAGAUCCUAAUGAUGGUGGAUCGAGAAGGAAAGAGACUCGAUCAACCGGCAGACUGUCCGACCAACAUAUACAGUCUGUGUUUGCAAUGCUGGGCGGCACGUCCAGAGGAUAGACCGACGUUCAACAGCAUACUGACCUGGGUCAAGGAGGUGCGUCCGAGGGAAGCCAAAGCCAUCCAAGAUGUGAUGGACUCGGACCGACUGAGACUGCAGACCAACGAUCUGAUCACAGUCAUGGAGGGCAAACCUGGCAGCUCGUUGUGGAGAGGACAGAGCAAGAAAACACUUCAAAUCGGACUUUUUCCUCAGAGCUGCGUGACCUCAGACACAGCCCGACCUGCCCCAGCGAUCAGCUUCCCGCUCAGACAGACGUUCAUCCACGCGGGUCACGGGGACGUCAACCCCAGGAGAUGUUGGGGCAAACCAGAGAAAUCUUUUCAGGACAGAAUGGCCUCCAACCAACUUCUGGCAAUGUCAGGUCUGUCCCGAAGUUUGGACUCCGAUUUGGGUGGAAAGAAGCUCCUCGAACAGGCCAACCCAGACCUCGACCCAAAGCACCGGCCACAGAGAGUCAAGGAUCAGCCGGGGGGGGCGCGGAGGCCUGGAGUUGGCCACAAUGCCAGGAAGAUGUUGAGGGAUCUGGGAAACGGGACCCGGUUCGCCGCGGAGGCUGAGGAUAUCACUCUGGACCUCGGGAAACUUCGGCUCAAG